CCCACACUCGAGCCUUGCUAGCCUCCCGGAAAAGGCUCUCAUCACUCUUUUAGUAACGCACUCACGCACAGACUUGCCCGGGUCAGAGUCAGCGAGAGUCCGUGGAGCAAUAUGAAGUUCUGCAACGUGCCUGUUCUUGGUGCCGUUGCCAUUGUAUUUUCGAACCCUUCUGCUUCCAUAGGCACCAGCUUCCUGAAUCAUGGCCAGUUGCUGGCCGGCGUCGAAGAUCUCAGCUGGUAUGAGCACAACGUUCCGUUCCUCGAAGUCCCCGACUCCCAAAUCCAAGAAUUGUAUUACUACCGCCUUCAAACCUACAAGGAACACCUCACCUACACCGGGGCGCAAUACGGCUACCUGUCCAGCGAGUUCCUGCAGCCCGUCAGUUAUGGGGCGCCGUACGGAGGCAUUGUCGCCGCUGCGGGACACCACAUUAUCGAAGGCCGAUGGCUGCGCGACCAGAGAUACGGUAAAGACAUUGUCAACUACUGGCUCGCCGGCCCCGGGCAGUUCAGCAAGCCACGAAACGAGGAAGUCAACCCCGAUACCUCGGACUGGGCACAUGAGUACAGCUUCUGGGCAGCCAGCGCUGUCUGGCGCCAGUACCUAGUGACUGGUGACCGAGACUUUGCCAUCGGCCAGUUGGACAAUCUCGUCAAACAAUACCGCGGCUGGGACAGUCACUUCAAUGCGGACCUCGGGCUUUAUUGGCAAGUUCCUGUCUGGGAUGCCACAGAAUGCUCGGCUGCCUCCUACGAGUCGAGUGACCCUUAUCACGGCGGCGCUGGAUACAGACCUACCAUCAACGCCUACCAAUACGGAGAUGCGCGGGCCAUUGCAUCCAUUGCCGGCUUGAGCGGCCAGACAGCUGUGGCCGAUGAGUACUCCAGACGAGCCGACAACCUGCGCACUGCGAUGCAGAACAGCCUGUGGGAUGGUCAGAGCCAGUUCUUCAAACACCGGGCCAGAGACAACAACCCAAGCGGAGAGCUGCUCACGACGCGAGAGUACAUGGGUUAUGUGCCAUGGAUGUUCAACAUGCCCCAAGUUUCUGACACUGCCGCGUUCGCCCAGCUCAAGGAUCCCCAGGGCUUUGCAUCCGCCUACGGACCUACCACCGCCGAACGACGAAGCAAGUGGUUCAUGAACCGGGGUGCCAACUGCCUUCAAUGGAAUGGCCCGUCAUGGCCGUUUGCCACUUCGCAAGUUCUCGCCGCGGUGGAAAACCUGCUCCACGACUAUCCAGCGCAGUCAUCUAUCUCGGCGACGGAUUACUUCAACCUUCUUCGUGGAUACGUCGCCACUCAGCAUAAGGAUGGCAAGCCAUAUGUCGCCGAAGCUCAUGAUCCGGAUGCUGAUAGGUGGAUGUACGACACCCCUAAUCACAGCGAGGACUACAACCACUCCACCUUCAUCGACAACAUUAUCGCCGGACUUCUCGGGCUGCGCGGGCAAGCAGACAACACGCUCAAGGUCAACCCCUUAGCCCCUGCCAUCUGGGAGUACUUUGCGCUGGAGCACGUUGCAUACCACGGACACACCAUCACCGUCAUCUGGGACAAGACUGGCCAGCGGUACGGGCAGGGCGCAGGCUUGCAUGUCUAUGUUGACGGGAACCUAAGGGCUAACCGUAGCACCCUGGGUUUGCUCUCAGUUGACGUCGGCCCGGCCGUCAACCAAGUAAUCUCGUCGCAGGUCAACAUCGCGGCCAACACGCAGAGGUUUGCUCAAGGGACCAGGCCCUUUGCCUCCUACACUUCCCCGCAUGACGAUGUCUGGAGGGCCGUUGAUGGCAUCAUCUUUCGCACCGCUGUCCCCCAAAACAGCCGCUGGACUUCGUACAACAGCCCCAAUGCGCAGGACUACUUCGGCGUGGAUUUGCGACGACCACAGGCCGUGUCCGACGUCCUCCUGUACUUCUACGACGACGGUGGCGGCGUCAGACUGCCUUUGCGCUACGACCUACAGUACUUGUCCGGUAGCGGAAUCUGGACGACGGUCCCCGGACAGCAGCGGAGCGCCGCCGCCUCGACGUCGAACGCCCAAACCCAGAUCACAUUUCCAGUCAUCACCGCUUCGCAAUUGCGGGUCGUGGCCCCCAACGCAGGUGGCGGAACGGGCUGGGGCCUCUCCGAGUUCGAAGUCUGGACGGCGGCAAUAUUUCAGAUUCGGAACGAAAACAGUGGCAAGCUCAUGGGCGUCGAAAAAGAGUCAAAAUCUCCCGGUGCCAACAUCCAGCAGUACGACGACAACGGAACGCGGGAUCAUCUCUGGCAGUUCGUCAAGACGGCCGGUGGGUGGUACAAGAUCAAAAAUGUCAAUAGCGGGCUGCUGCUCGCGGUGGAGGGCGCGUCCAAGGCCAACAGUGCACGUCUUCAGCAGUACGAGGACAGCGGGACCGACGACCAUCUCUGGCGAGUGCAGUCCAACAGCAAUGGGCUGUUUCUUAUCUUGAAUAUGAACAGUGGGCUCGUGGCUGGUGUGGACAGAGAGUCUACGGCGAAUAGUGCCGAUGUUGUCCAGCACGAGGACAAUGGGACCAGGGACCACUUGUGGAGCUUACUUGCUGCCGUUCCGGCCAGUUGA